CAAGCGCCCGUCCUCCACCGCCGCUCCAUCCCCCGCCGCAGCCGCGAUGUCACGGCCGUGCUCCACCCACCUUCGGAUCCCUCCAUCCGCUCGCGCCCUUGCCCCCUCUCCGCCUUCGGGGCCACGCCCUUGCGCUGCUCCCCGACGACGCGGGAGGGUGCAUGAGCCUCGACCUGCGGGGCUCAUCCAAGUGGCGGGCGACCGGUGGUGGCGGCACCAGGGUCGUCGCGAGGGGGCCGGAGGAGGCAUCUUCCUGGCCAUCGCCUACUUAGACCGCUUUCUUCCUCCGACGACGUCCCGAUUCCCUUGUUCUCUCCCUCCCCGUCAACUCCGCCCACGCCCUCCUCUCGCGGCCCUGAUCCCAACCCCACCGCCGAUGAUCUCCUCCCCCCCAGCACCGCCGCCCCCACCUUCUCUUGCUCUCCCAAGGGAAGGGAACUUUGCCGCUGUCUCGUCUCGUGCGCCCCUGCACCGCCAUCGAGGUCGCCGGCUCCGGCCACCGCAAUCGCGGAUGGUACCCCUCCUUCCUCCGUGCCGCGGACGGUUCCAGCAGUUUCGGGUGGUUGCGCUGUUAUGACUCUCGCCGUUCCCGUAUGUGAUGUUCAACUAUGUUGCAACCAUCACCCAGAUCAAGUUCACCCCUUACAUUUGUGGCUCAGUUCUGGGAAUGGUACCUGACGCGUUGGUCAACAUCUACAGUGGCCGGCUGAUCCUUGCACUAGCGGACCUGAAGUAUGACCAACGUCGGAUGACAGCAGUGGAGAUAGUCUACAACGUCAUCUCUGCCAUCAUCGCCGUUCUUAUCGGGGUCGGGUUUACGGUCUACAUGAGAAGAGCCUUGGAUGGCAUACAAAGCGCAGAUGGCGCGCGGCAACCUGAACCUGCUGGCAUCCCUGCUAUCCCCGCAUCGGAACUCAGUGGUGAUCGCCAUCGAAGUUCCAGCUCUGUGCCGGUUGAUGUUGUGUAGUGGCAUACUGGCAUGAAGUGGAUUCUUCAACUGGAUGAAGAACUGCAAGUGCUUGAAAGAUCUGCAUGAAGAACAUCGUCAAGUCAAGUGACUGACCCAUCCAUUUGU